AGGGCGGGGCUACGCCGAGCGUGAGGGGUCGUGGCUCCGCCUCACCUCUCAGAGCCACGUGGGGCCCGGGGAACCCCCCCACACAGCUGUGUCCCGUACGGUACUCAAGGCCUGACCCCAUCCUUCUCAGUCUGUCCCCGUGCAUUCAGUAUAAGGUUCAUAUUUCCUAACGCAGCAUCAGGCCUCCCUCAUCCCGGUCAUCUGCAGUCAGCCCGUUUCUCCCACCGCCCCACGGAUAGUAAUGACAUCGCGCUCCUGGAGUGAUUGAAGCGGAGCUAAAUGACCGUGUGGAGAGACUCCGGGAAUCUGAUAGGGAUGUUUUUCACACCUGUGGCAAAAGAAGCCACGAGGAGGAACGGACGCAGCCCUGUUAGCUGUGGCCCAGGCCUCGUUCCACGGAUAUGGCAAACAAGGGGAACAAGAAACGACGGCAGUUCUCCCUGGAGGAGAAAAUGAAAGUUGUGGAAGCUGUAGACUCAGGCAGGAGGAAAGGUGAUGUGGCAAAAGAAUUUGGUAUCACUCCUUCUACUUUGUCUACAUUCUUAAAGGAUCGCACCAAAUUUGAAGAAAAGGUGCGGGAGGCAUCUGUGGGGCCCCAGCGGAAGAGGAUGAGGAAUGCACUCUAUGAUGACAUCGAUAAGGCUGUUUUUGCUUGGUUUCAAGAAAUCCACGCCAAAAACAUUCUCGUGACUGGUUCUGUCAUUAGGAAGAAAGCACUAAACCUGGCCAACAUGCUUGGCUAUGACAGUUUUCAAGCAAGUGUGGGCUGGCUGAACAGAUUUAGGGAUCGCCAUGGAAUUACUUUGAAAGCAGUCUGUAGAGAGAAUAGUGACAGGCUAAUGAAUGGUCUAGGAAUAGAUAAGGUUAACGAGUGGCAUGCAGGGGAAAUUAUAAAACUGAUUGCUGACUACAGCCCAGAUGAUAUCUUUAAUGCUGACGAGACAGGAGUGUUUUUCCAGUUGCUUCCCCAGCACACACUUGCUGCUAAAGGGGACUAUUGUAGAGGGGGCAAGAAAGCAAAGCAGAGGUUGACAGCACUCUUUUGUUGCAAUGCUUCAGGGACUGAAAAAAUGAGACCAUUGAUUGUUGGUAGGUCACCCAGCCCACGCUGUCUCAAGAACAUCCAUUCCCUCCCUUGUGAUUACCGAGCCAACCAGUGGGCAUGGAUGACGCAGGAUCUAUUUAAUGAGUGGCUGAUGCAAGUGGAUGCCAGGAUGAAACAGGCAGAACGGCGGAUCCUCCUGCUUAUUGACAACUGCUCUGCACACAACAUGCUUCCACGCUUGGAAAGGAUCCAGGUGGGGUAUCUGCCCUCAAACUGUACUGCUGUCCUGCAGCCCCUGAAUCUUGGCAUAAUCCACACCAUGAAAGUGCUGUAUAGGAGCCACUUUCUAAAGCGGAUCCUCCUCAAACUCAGCAGCAGUCAGGAUCAAGAAAAGGUGGACAUUAAGCAGGCCAUGGACAUGAUUGCUGCGGCAUGGUGGUCAAUCAAGCAGUCCACAGUGGUGAAAUGCUGGCAGAGGGCAGGCAUCAUCCCUAUGGAAUUUACAGAUUCCGAUGCAGAAGAAGCGGCCAACGAACCAGCCGCUGUCAUUGAAAAGUUGUGGCGCUCGGUAGCUAUUGCCACCUGUAUCCCGAAUGAAGUAAAUUUCCAGGACUUUGUAACUGCAGAUGAUGACCUCAUCGUCUCCCAGGAGCUGAUGGACACAGAGGUCAUCCAGGGCAUGAUGACUGAUGAAAAUACUGAUGAAGCCGGAAGUGAAGAUGAGGGGGAGAUCUCUUUACCAGAACAGCCAAAAAUCACCAUCGCAGAGGCUAUCACAAGUGUACAGAAACUUAGACAGUUCCUUUCCACUUGCACAGGCGUUCCCGAUGCAGUUUUUGGACAGCUAAAUGGCAUAGACCAAUAUUUAAUGAGAAGAGUAACACAAACUCUUGUGGAUUCCAAAAUUACAGAUUUUCUCCAAACAAAAUAAUGUAGGAAUUAACUGCCUCUUUUACUUUAGAAUAUGUACUUUUAUAAGAAUAAAGAUUUCUUUAGGUAGGAUAUUGAACUUAAAUUUUAAGCAAUAUUCUUAUGACAACAUUCCAGUCCCGUACCAGUUGCUGUUGAGUCAAUUCUGACACAUAUCAACCCUACAGGACAGGAGAACUGCCUCACAGGGUUUCUAAAGAAUAGCUCAUGGGUUUGAACUACCGACCUUUUGGUUAGCAGCUGAGGUCUUAAGCACCGAGUCAUCAGGGCUCCAACAUUCCGGUAUUCUGAAAUAAUCAGGAAACACCCUUGAGUGGGAUUUGGAAGUGAAAUUUCACUGAUACCUGUGUUCUCUUUUGAGUAACCCAAUGGUUCCCAAACUUGUCUGCAUGUUAGAAUCACUUGACUAGGUCAUGUGAUUCUGACAAUAGGACACAGGCAUUAAUAGUUUUUGAAGCUCCCCAGGUGAUUCAAAUGUGCAGACAAGUUUGAAAACUUCUGGGUAAGUCACAGGAAAGUCAAGCACUCCUAUGGGCCUGGAGCCAACUUCUUCCCACUGGGGUUAGCUCAGUGGUUUUCAAAUUUUAGCACACCUCAGAAUCACUUGGAGGGCCUGUUAAAACCCAGAUUGCUAGGCCCAACCUUCAGAGUUUCGGCUAGAUCCUAGCACUUCGCUCUUCAGCCGGCUGUCUGAGUCCUCCCUAUCGCUAAUGGUAAAAAAAAAAAAAAAAAAAUCAGCAGG